GUCGUUUCUUUCCAGAACCGGCCACCAGGAGCUGUGUCCAUCUGCUAUCGGUGUACGCUGCGCUUUUCUAGCUUGAACAGCUUUUGAUGCAGCAAGCACCAGACUUAGUACCUAGGUGGGCAAGCUCCAGUCAGCUCCUUCCACCGCCAUCGCAGCUUUGCGUCUCACCUGAUCUUACCAACCAUGACUGCAUCUCACCCAUCCUCGUUCCUUCACGAACAGCAUGAACUCGCGAAAGGCCACGCCUCACAUCCUCUUCCUGUGGUCCACUCGCUCAACCCCGAGGCGUAGCCUCGACCGGCUUGGCAUCAGCGCCCGAAGCUCUGUUACUUACUCCGUGAUGCCAACAACCAGCAUUACCUGGCCUGGACUUACACCACAAUCAAGAAACCGCGACAUCGAAACCAGGCGCAAGGAAAGAGGGCAUCCGGACACGCAGAAACGUGAGCACGGGAGAAAAUCAACGUCGUCGUUGGCACUGGGUCUUCGUCAAGGGUCUCCCAACCUUGGCAAUCAAAUUGUUUCCCGUUGUUGAUUUCAAAGGCAUCCCCUUUUUCGUAGUGGAACAUUGAUGCCGAUGGCUACCUGCCUUCGUCAUUCUCGACCCUGUCCUGUAUCGUUUUUUCUUUCUCUUCGAGGGUUCCAUCACCUACAUCAUCUUUCUCUUGACCCCUUCCCUUUCGUAUUGCCCGGCCCC